UAGAAAACAAAAAAAAAGUAGUUAACUGUUCAAGAUAAGUACAAAUAUACACAAAAUUAAAAGAAUUAGAUAACAAAAGUACUUGAUGGAAGUCACCAAUUGAAGUUGAACAUCAUUAAUAAAAUGAAAAUAUUAUCUCAAAAAUAUACUCGUGUAUAAAAUCAAGAACAUCAGAAUCUGAGAUCCUCAAAAUAGUUUUAUUGUAAACCAGUAGUGAUCUGUAUUAUGAUGAAAGUUGCAGUGGUUUUUUCAAUAAUAGCAGCAGCCUGCCAUCACUAUGUUUUUGCUGCUACAGAGCUUAGCGAAGAGUUAGGUAGUGGAGAAAUAGACGGAGUUGCUUGGAAUGGACUUGAAGAAAAUGAGAUUCUAGAAGAUUCACAAACAAGGUUGAGCGGAGGAAGAAAUGCUACUAUCACGAAAUUCCCAUUUAUGGCAUCAAUUUUAGUGAAUAAUUCAUUGACGGGAGGAGGGGCAAUACUGAACAGAAGAUGGCUGGUAACCGGAGCAUAUGCAGCGAGUUUUGCGGACGAGGCAUCAGACAUACUGGUGCGUGUGGGAAGCGCCUCGUCGUUUAGGGGUGGCUUCACGAGCCGGGCGAAGCGCAUAGUGAAGCACCCACAGGCGAGUGGCUACCGACACGACUUCGCUCUAAUUCAGCUGGAGACAUCUCUGCCUCCCUUCAGCCGACACAUCAGGCCGAUCAAGAUAGGCGACCGGACGCCCCGGAACGGCGCAAGGGUCCUCUUCGCCGCAUUCGGCAACGAUCACCCACAUCAUCACCCACAUCAGGAAAGUAAUCACGACCACCACCACGAACCAGGGUUUGGAGUUCUGAAAGAAACACACUUCAAAUUUUUGGAGUCUAAAAAGUGCAAAAACCAUUAUUUUACUAUUCUGUCAUUCACAAAAUUCUCAUUCUGUACAGAAGCAUCCAACACUACUGCUCCAGAAUCGAAAGAUUUUGGAAGUCCUUUAAUCUAUGGAAAGAAAGCUAUUGGCGUAUUUUCUGGACAAUGGCAUGACAAACCUGCAGUAUUUGUUGACUUAACAAAAGAAAAAUCAUUCAUUCUUAAAACAAUAAAGAAAUGAUUCUGUAGUUUUGGAACAUGACAAUCUGUAAAUAAUUGAUUCAAACUAAAUAAAAAGAAUGAAUGAAAAUUUGAA